AUGGAUAUCAUAUUGGGUGACCUUGGGAAUGGUGGUUUUGAGAAUACUAGAAACUACACACUGGGCGCUAGCGAUGGUUUGGAAGAUUCAAAGAGCACAUACAAACGCAGUGGUUUGUUUGUACUCGUCUACACCGGCAACGAAAGCGAACGCUUAACACAGUUAAACGUAUUCACCCGCUUUUUCGAACUUUUCGUUAUAAAUGUAACAUUUUUCUUGCUAAUGGACACAACUGCAUUUGCCUACACCUAUUUCCCAUUUACGCCGAAACAUGUCAUUCGCCCUAGCCGACCUAGUGCUAUCGUUUCGCAACAACCGCGCAAAGUUCAAACCCAAAAGUCACCAAAGAUUUUUCCCCCUAAAGUGCGCAAUUUGCAUGGCUGUGAGUUGGCUAUAGUGACUUGGCACGCACCACCAUUUAUAAUUUGGAUCAAGAUCCGGAUAGCGGUCGGAUCAAAUCGGUCGAAGGAUGGGCGCGCUCUUAUAUCGUUAAAAUCAUUUGAGGAGAUAGUCAAGCAGAACUACACGGUUAAUACCGCACCAAUAUUGACCGAUUUACUUAGUUCAACACUUGGCGGUGCGUCUAUUGAUUUUUUUGAUGGCGAUAAAAACACUAUGCCUCAGAUAUUGAAACGGAUCGCUAAUGGUUCGAAGGAAACACUGACUAUAAUCGAGCCGGCAUUGCUUUACUUCAACUAUCAGCAGACCACGGAAGAUGAAAGGGUAGCAAUCCUGCCGCAAAAGUUGAUUAUGUCGCCGCUCACAAUGUAUAUGCCAAAACAUUCCUAUCUGCUUUGGCCGAUCAACAAUAUUAUUCUCUAUUUUAUUGAUGUAGGCAUAAUCGAUAAAUUUGAGAAAAGAUAUCGCUCGAUUAACCAGAUCAAUGAAUCACAGGAGCCUGUGAAGUUGUCACUGUUUCUGCUUCUGGGCAUAUUUAGCCUCUAUGGAGCCCUAAUGAUCCUGUGUAUUUUGAUAUUCCUCUUGGAGCUUUGGACAGUUCGAUCGCCUUUGACUAAAACGCUGAUGGAUUUUUUGAACUAUUAGGCGAAGACUGCAUUAAAUAAUCGAAAAAAUUUUAAUGAAAUAUUUGUAAAAGACAAAAUAAUAUUACCUAGAUAAGUAACCGAAUUGUUCCCCGCUUUUUU